AUGCAAUUCUCCCACCUCAACAUCCUCACCCUCCUCAUCGCAGGCACAUUCGCCCUCCCCAACGACCUCGACACCCGCUCCAUCAUGGAAGCCCGCGCCGACUGUAAGAAGAUCAACCCCGCGUGCUUUGGUGGAAACGUAGUAGGCAAGACCGACUGCCGCUGCAAAGGCCAAAACGGGCCUUGCGAUCUCUGGAAGUGUCCUGGCGAUGGCGCCAACUCUGUUGUAAGUCUCACAUGGGUUGUCGUUUUCCUACAUUCGAUGUUAUGGAGAAAGAUACUGAUGGUUUCGUAUAGAUGGUUUGUGGACAGAGUAACACUGGGUGUGUUUGGAUCUAA